AUGACAGAAUACAGACGCGUGUCCGACCCAGACUUCAUCAACAACAACUCUGACGACCAGCCCCGUAUUUUAGAAAAGCUAGUCGCUGGCGGACCCCAGGAAGAUGAUGAUCGACCCACUAUCUCCAACCCCAAGAUAUGUGAUUUCAUUGCGACAUACCUCGUCGCCUUCGACAAGCAGAACCCGGAGCAGCCGAUCAUGAAGCACUUCUUCGACCCUGAAGUAACGCAUCUCUACCUCAUUGCAUACUGUGCCGUGCCUGAUGCUCAAUUCGUACACCCUAAUUUCCUCAUCUGGCGUAUAAACAAAAUGGUAUUUUGGAUAUCGCUCCUGAAAUCAGAGAUGGACACAGUGGCGACAGACAGCAAGUGGGAUACCUUCUGGGCUGCGCAUGACAUUCACACAAACACACCCGUGGCUAAAAUUUGGGAUGAGACUUGGGAGGAGACUCUUUACGGCAACAAUGAAGAUCCUACGGUCGAUCGCUAUAGUGCAGAAGAGAUAGAUCGCGUCUCGCAAGAGUUUGGAAGAGUUCUAAGCGACCAACGUCCAUGGGACCCUAAUCUGUUCAGCGAGUUCGCCUUCGACACUCAACCUGUAACGAUUCCGCCCAAGGCAUAUGCAUGGUACGAUCCCCGUGAAAGUUUUGGAAGCAUUUGUAGUAUACUGGAGUAG